GAAAAAAUAUUAAAAUAUGUGUGUUCUCUCGAGUAAUACUCCAUUUCACAAGUGAAAUUUGAUUAAUAAUUUAAGUAUCUUAAAUUAUUAUAGUAUAUUUUUUUUUUGGUAAGAAAAUAAUUAUAGUAUAUAUAUAUUGAUUAGAAACUCAUUUUAGGAACUCUUUCCAAUAUAUAGAGCCUUUAAUAUAUUCGCGGCAUGUUAUUUUUUAUCUUACAUCUUUUGUAUUUAAAAUUUUUUUUUGGCUCUGAUGCUAUCACUUUCAGUUUAUGAUUUUUCCACCGCCAUCCACUUCAUACCCUCUUAAAAUUGUUAGAUAAAGAAAAAGGAAAUAACAAUUACCUUUUAUUUUAAUAAAAUGGAUGCACAGUUUAACAGAUCAAGGUGGUCAUAUAAUAUAACCACACACUUAUAUAUACGAGCUGAUAUAUAUACAGUGGUAUAGGUUAAGACAAAAGACAGAUAUACAAGUGGAGAACCCAAUAUAUCUUUGUCUUUGUUUUCUUCUCAUUCGUAGUUAACUUGCAGAUUUCUUAACCUUCUCCUCUCUCUCUCUCUCUCUCUCUCUCUCUCUCUCUCUCUCUUCUCUCUCUCUCUCUCUCUCUCUCUCUCUCUCUCUCUCUCUCUCUCUCUCUCAGCUAUAUACAAAAACUUACUUUUUAAUCUCACUUACAAUAAGUCAAGUACCCAGAAGAAGACAUGACAGGUGAAGUUCUUAAGACUGUUUCUAGCGGAUCUGCAGCAUUUGCUCCGAGCUCAUCAACUCUGGAUCACGAUGAAUCUCUCAUCAAUCCUCCUGUUGUUAAGAAGAAGAGAAAUCUCCCUGGAAAUCCUGAUCCGGAAGCUGAAGUCAUAGCUUUGUCUCCCAAGACCUUGAUGGCUACGAAUCGGUUCCUAUGUGAGGUCUGUGGUAAGGGUUUCCAAAGAGACCAGAACUUACAGCUUCAUCGUCGAGGACACAAUCUUCCAUGGAAGCUAAAGCAGAGGACAAGCAAAGAAGUGAGGAAACGUGUCUAUGUUUGCCCGGAGAAGACUUGUGUCCACCAUGACCCCGCUAGAGCUCUGGGCGAUCUCACCGGUAUCAAAAAACAUUUCUGUAGGAAACACGGCGAAAAGAAAUGGACGUGCGAGAAAUGUGCCAAGAGAUACGCUGUUCAUUCUGAUUAUAAAGCUCAUUCUAAGACUUGUGGUACUAGAGAGUACCGUUGCGACUGUGGCACCAUUUUCUCCAGGCGAGACAGCUUCAUCACCCAUAGAGCAUUUUGCGAUGCCUUAGCUGAAGAAACCGCCAAAAUAAACGCAGCAUCUCAUCUUAACGGUUUAUCCUCGGCUGGAACCGUUGGAAUGAAUCUGAACUAUCAAUAUCUCAUGGGAACACUCAACCCACCGCUUCAACCAUUUGUACCGAAACCACCAACAAAUCAAAACCACCAUCACCAUUUUCUACCGCCACCUCCGUCAUCCUCUUCCUCCCUCUCCCUAUGGAUGGGCCAAGACAUCGCCCCAACGUCUCAAACGCAACCGCAAGACUACGAGUGGGUUUUCGCAAACGCUAAGGCUGCGUCCGGGUGCAUUAAUAAUAAUAAUCACAAUGACCACAUUACACAAACCGCAAACGCCAGCUCGACCACUACUGCUACUCUCUCUGUCCCUUCUUUGUUCAGCAGUGACCAAACACAAAGCCCAAACGCAAACGUGAACAUGUCCGCCACUGCGUUGCUACAAAAAGCGGCUGAAAUUGGCGCCAAUUCGACGACGGCAACGAGCACUAACCCGUCGGCGUUUCUCAAAAGUUUCCCGCUAAAAUCCUCUGACCAAACCACAACUAGUUAUGACGACGGUGAAAAGUUCUUUGCUUUGUUCGGAAGUAACAACAACAUUGGAGUAGUGAGUAAUAGUCAUGAUCAGGAGACUGAGAACGUUAGAAACGACGUUACGGUUGCGUCUGCGAUGGAUGAACUACAGAAUUACCCCUGGAAACGUAGAAAAGUUGAUGGUGGAGGAGAAGGUGGUGGAGGAGGGCAAACUCGAGAUUUCCUUGGGGUCGGUGUACAAACGUUGUGCCAUCCAUCGUCUAUCAAUGGAUGGAUUUGAAACGUUUUACUAAAAGUUUAUGGGGUUAUGGAUAAAUAACGAAAAGGACAAGGAAUCUUGUGUAAUUUCCACCAUUUUCUUCGAACACUAAUAGUAGUGGACGUUGUUUUCUUAUAGUAAUUCAAGGUUUAAGUUUAUGAAAAUCUGUUUUUAAAAAAAAAAAGUUUAUGAAAAUGUGAUCACAUUUGUGAUAUUAUUUUCAAGAGAAUAAAAUAAAUACUGUAGUAAUGUAUAUGUAUAUAUUCAUCGUAAGCUUCCAAGAAA